CUUGGGUUUUUUUCGUAUGAAAUUGGUAGAUUGAAAUCUGUAGUAAUGUAAUCGUCUCUGUACAUUAUCGGAAAUAAUCGAGUAUGACCGAAUAGUUAUCUCAUACCGUCGAUUGAUGGAAAAUCGGGUUUUUUCUUGAAUGGUUAUUAGGCGAUGAAUAUGAGUUGAAGAAAUUAUAAUUAUGAUAUUAAUUCUGUAUGUUUACUUUGAUACUAUAAGAUGUACGAGCACAUAUAAAAGUCAAUUUUACCUGUCAUUCAAUCGACUGUUGAAAAUGAGCCAUUCUUGAUUAAAAUUACGACUCUGAGUGUUUUUCUAAAGUCGAUGUGUUCUAUGUGUUUUGGAAAAACUGAACUUACAUGAUUGUUUAUUAGUUUAAAAAAUUCGUAGUGAAAUUUAAACGCUGGGCAGAUGAAAUAUGGACCAGUUCCUGUUAUUACCUUACGAUCCUGAAGUUGAUAGUUUCGGCAGCAGAACACUGGAAACCGAAUCUGGCCAAACGAUUACGUACGAAGAAGCCUCCAAAGACGCGUAUUAUGUAGAAAAAGCUCUUCGACUGCCUGCUGAUGACGUUCCGAAGGAAUUCACGAUGUUCGUCUUACGUAAAAUGGCAGUAAAUGAGAAAGAUUUUCGCAGUUUCGAGGCAGCAAUUACUCCAGAAGCUCGCGAGUAUCUGAGAAAACUGAUAGAACCCUGUCAUGUCCAGUAUGCCAAGGUACAUCCUGUAAAUGAUAAAGAAUCAACGAGCUCGUUUCGUGGACUGUUUACGAAAGUAUUUUGCAAAAAAGUAAUCAGCAACUUUGCCGAAAAUCAGGAAGAUAAACAUUACGAUAAAUUGGCCACCGUGUUUCCGUUCAAAGUUACCUCGAACGUUCGUUGGUGCGAGAUGAAAAUCAUGAAGCAAUUUGACGAUGAUUUUUACAAAGAGAUACAGAAGUUUUUGGACGAACAUUUCGAUAACGUCAAUGCGCCAGAAACUGUCGAGCUUUUUUUACUCAAUAUUCGUAAUUUUAUAUCGGAUACGUUCUCAGCUGAAGCGUUGUUAUCGAGGUUGGAAAAUCCACGAGUCCGACACGACGAUUAUUUGAGUACUUUUCCUCGUCUGCAUAGCGAAGGAAUUGAUUGGUUUAGAUAUCUGUACAGAGAGUUUGCCAAUGUGAUGAAGAGUCUUGGAAUUUACGUUCCAACGUUUUAUCGUCGUUGCGAUAACGAUUAUUUUCGCAGAUUACCAGAACGUAAUUUCGCCGAUUUGUAUUCCUUUUUGGAAUACGGACACUUUUUCAAGACGAAUCGCCUAAUUUAUAUGCGAAGAUUGAAGAAAUACCUGUUCUUUUUCGUUCACGCUCUGGCAGUCGAAUCAAAUCCGGUGUUUUUCAUCGAUGACAUGUUAUUCGAAUGUUUGAAGAGUUUACGAAGAUAUAAAACGGUCAAAGAAGAUAUCGCGCUGAAGAACGAUUUGGCCAUGAUUACUUUGUUACAUUACAGAAAGCAGUAUCCUGGAAGUGGCUAUAGCCGGAACAAUUAUUGUUUGAGUGAUUUCGCCUUGGAACGUAUUAAAAGAUACAUUUUGAAAUCCAUCGUACCUGAAAAUUCUCAGCUUAAUGUUACUUAUAAGACUGAUUUACUGACUUGGAUGCCUAUCCGCACAAAUGAGGCUUGUUUUAAUGUACACUAUUCCGAUAAAAGUGAUAUUAAAAAUUUCCUGGAGUGUUUGGUAUGCAGUACGAUGUGUCCUGACGACGAACCGAUUAAAUAUAUCGUUGAUUAUAAUGCCUACCUUGGACAGGUUUACCGAUUUGAUUUGUCGAAGUGUGAUGUUGAAUCUUUGAGGAAUUUCGUGCGUUUAUGUAAUACGUAUGAUGUCAGCAACGUACCUUUGGAGGAGCCGAAUCUCGAUAUUUAUAUUCUAAGUAAUUUUCUUCCUUUUAUCGAAACUGAAUGUGUUCCAGUAACCAUAGAGUAUGAAUAGGUUAUUCAUGUUUUUUGGACAAAUGACUAUAAGAUAUCAUUUUUCAUUUUUAUGAGUUGUUUUUUUUUAUUUAUUAAAUUUUAUUGUUGUGUUCGUCA